CAGUGAAACUGUCCCCUUUUGCUUUGGCGGCUCAGCAAAAGAUUUCUCCCUCCCUCCAUUUCCUUUCAUUGCUCCCACACCUUCGCCUCCCCUUGCUACAGAAACCCUAGAUAUUCUCCACUCCUCCAUAUUUCCCGCUCUCGGUUCACAUAGUUUUCUCGAAUCUUGCGCUUCUUGAUUCGAUUCCUCACUCCAUCUCCGACGAUGGAGGUUACACUAACGAGUGCCGCCGCCGCCACCUCCUCGACCAAGCAAGUAGAACAGCAGCAGCAGCAGCAGUUCGCUUUGGCUUCCCUGACUGACCUUACCUCUUGCUGUUCUUCUUCUUGUGUAGCUUCUGCGUCGUCGACUUCUUUCCCGGCAGUUGCGACGUUUUCCGCCGAUGACGGAGUCGCCGAGCUGCGAUUCCGCCGAGAGUCCGAUUCGGACGGCGGCGUUGUCAAUGUUGAUCUAACGACCGCUCAGUUAUGGAAGCUGGGGCCAACGCAGGCGGUUUGCAUAUUCGAUGGUUCGGAUUGUGAUUCGAAUGAAGAGAAAUAUUCAAAGGGAGUCUCUGUUCAGUUUAGAAAUGAGGAGGAAAGCAGGAUCUUCCAUUGUGCAUUUGAGCAAUGGAAGAAAGGAAUCGUGACUCAAGGAGAAUCUUUGCCUAAUGGAACAUUGAGUAGUAAAAGCAAGUUUGAUGACAAGAUAGAGCCUUCAUCAGCAAAAAUGUAUUUCCAUUAUUAUGGACAGUUACUACACCAGCAAAAUAUGCUCCAGGACUAUGUCAGGACAGGAACAUAUUAUGCUGCAGUCAUAGAGAAUCGUGCAGAUUUUUUUGGUCGUGUGGUGGUAGAUGUUGGUGCUGGUAGUGGUAUCUUGUCAUUAUUUGCCGCUCAGGCUGGGGCAAAGCAUGUCUAUGCUAUUGAAGCAUCUGAGAUGGCAGACUAUGCCACCAAGCUUAUUGCUGGCAAUCCAGCACUUGGCGAGAGGAUUACGGUAAUAAAGGGUAAAGUAGAGGAAGUCGAGUUGCCAGAGAAAGCGGAUAUUCUGAUCUCUGAACCUAUGGGUACCUAUCAUACACUCGUGAAUAUUUCCUUGUAGUUGUGCAUUCAUAAAUUCAUUGAUAUGUCUUGAAUACAUUUACCUGCACAUUAAUUUUAUAUUUGUUAUUAACAUAAAUUCCUUUCCUUUUGGAGCUGGGAAAAGAUCCUUGUUAGCUAAAUGAUGAAUGCCUUUGAAAAGGCUACAAAUUUAAGAUUUCUGAAGUUCCAUUGAUACUUCAUAGUCAUACAUGUUCUGUUUUUAGAAAAUAAUUAUUGGAUGUGGCUUGUAGGAACGUUGCUGGUGAAUGAAAGAAUGUUGGAGACGUAUGUUAUUGCAAGAGAUCGGUUUCUUGCUCCCACAGGAAAAAUGUUCCCAUCUGUUGGCAGGAUACAUAUGGCUCCUUUCAGCGAUGAGUAUUUGUUUGUUGAAGUUGCUAAUAAGGCCCUUUUCUGGCAGCAGAAGAACUACUUUGGUGUUAAUCUAACACCCCUGCACGAAUCUGCUUUCCAGGGUUACUUUUCUCAGCCUGUUGUAGAUGCAUUUGAUCCAAGGCUAUUAGUAGCUCCCGCGACGUAUCAUGUGCUAGACUUUGCUCAGAUGAAGGAAGAGGAUUUGUACGAAUUAGAUAUCCCCUUGAAAUUCACAGCCUCUGUUGGCACUAGAGUGCAUGGACUAGCUUGUUGGUUUGAUGUCUUGUUUAAUGGAAGUACCGUGCAACGGUGGCUUACUACUGCCCCUGGUGCUCCGACGACCCACUGGUAUCAGCUUCGCUGUGUCCUGGCUCAGCCACUCUAUGUCAUGGCAGGGCAAGAAAUUACCGGCAGGCUUCAGUUAGUUGCACACAGUGCGCAGAGUUACACCAUCCAUCUCACUUUGUCAACUAAAAUGUGGGGUCCGGGUGCUGAACAAGGCGGAAUACUCCAGACCUCAUCAUGCAAACUCGAUCUGAAAGAACCAUACUAUCGAAUGUCUCAACCACAAGCUUACGCAAUGCCUCAGGAACCGCAACCUCAACAAUUCAUCCCUACACAGCUGCAGGAUGUACACAUUCAAGCAGAUGACCUAGAUGAUACAGAUUUGAUACAGCCGUUGCAGAAUUUGGAAGCUCAGCUCCCAUAG